AUGGAUGAACAUCAUGACAGUGCUCUACACUAUGGGCACGUAGGACGAGCUGUCUAUCUCCCCGAGGAGCAGGCAUGGACAUUCACUCGCUCCUUCUCUCAGGUCCCGUCUAUCCAGUAUACUGGGGUGACCAACACAAGCGUACUAUCACCUUUCCCCCCAGCCAAGCCCAGACCAAGCCAGAGAGUUCCCGAAAGGAACCUUAGGCACUUGAUAGGGAAUGCGUACCCUGAACUAGCAGCGACAUGGUCGUCCGUCCGCCAGGAGCCUCUAUCCAGAGCCAUCACGACCACCAUCGAACGAUUUGACCCAGAAAGCUCUUCUCUUUUCGAUAUCGGAUAUGCGACAGACAAACGACGCUAUGACAAGAAAUUGCCACCAAUACCCAUUGCAGCAGCUGUGUCAGGCGAAUGCCGCAAUGUAAUAUCGCUCCGAACUCUGGAGGAUGCAGACCUGGAGCUGCAUUCGCCGUCGCAUACAGCAAUGCGGGCUCCAUCAAUUGGUAACACGGAGACCUCGGAAUGGUCCAAGUGUGGCGCGCCAAUUCGUCAAGUCCACUUUGCACGACUUCUCGAUGAGGACCCUAUCUUCAUGGCUGCUCGUCUUCUCAGAAGUACCACGAUUUUCCGGCCGCUCUACCACUUUGAUCCUGUGCCUAUGCACUUCCCGGAUGAGACCCAUUUGAGACCAUCGAACGGCCAAAGGAAUUCUCGACUCGAUGCGAACCCAAUCUUGGAAAUCUCAGUGGCGCAAACAGGUGGAUACUCGCAUGCUGAUGUGACAUUCAACCCUUGGUAUCAGCAGCAAUUUGGCAUAGUCGACACAAGGGGCCACUGGAGUGUGUGGGAGAUUGACCAGGCAAAGAAUAGCAGGCAAGGGUAUCCGACCGCUGGACUUGUCAAAACCGGGAUUCUGCCUCCUCCUUUGAAGCGUAGUCGUCCGCCCCUGGAUGGCUGGGCGUCAAUCGAGUGGAUCCACGAGGUCGGUUUAAUCAUCGUCGCUAAUCGUCGCGACAUCAUGAUAUAUGCAUUCAUGGAUGCUCAAACUGCACCUCGGACAGUGGUUCUCAACAUGCAGAAGCAAUCCGAGUGGGUGUUGGAGGUGAAAAGAAAUCCGCGGAAUUUGUCACAGUUCUUUGUCUUAACCACGAACCGGAUAUUAUGGUUUGACAUGGGAAACUUCGGAGAAAGUGAUUCCAAUUCAUACCUACACCCUCGGGUCUCCUGGAGACAUUUUCGGGAUCCUAAUGACACUACACUACGACUCAGUGAGUUGGUAGUGUACAAGGAUCUAUACCUCGUUCUUUUCUCUCGACUCACUGAGCUUGUGCAGGCAUUUCCAUGCCCUUUUACAAGUGACGAAGAGACCAAUUCCAUAUCUGUCGCCGAUCCUUUUGUUCUCGACGCACCCUCGACAAUGAAUGUGCCUUCAGAUGGACCAGAGCCUGUGAGAUUCUCGACGUUUGUUUUUCGAGAAGUUGGCUACUCCCCUUCGCACCUCAAAAACCUCUACGACCCAGAUCUGACAGUUAUAAAACUUUUCUGGAUGGAUUCCAACCUUGCAAUUCAUGAGUCCGUGUUCCGCGGUCCACAAGGGGACCCGGAAGAUCCAGAUUUGUUUUGUGAAAACCACGUCGUUCGAGUGCGCAAGCGUUAUGCUCCAACGAAACGGGUUCCAAGAGCGGACGACUUCAUCGUCGAUGACUGGGACGAAUCAGCGAUGCAACAAGCGACCAUCCCCCGUUGCAAAAACAAAAUUGGUUGUAGACCUACAGGUUCGGACUUACAAUGGUCUCUGGAUUUCUCACACAUUUACCGUGUAACCGUCGGACAGGCGGAGAUGCCACAAAAGAGGUCGAAGACAAAGCAAAGCGCCGCGCAAGAGCCAAAAUCAUUCGAUGAUAUGCUCGAUGACCUGCAACGCACCAAACCACGGAAGAAGGCUUCCAGUAAAACGAUAUUUGAACUGAGUGACAAAAGUAUUUCGACAGAGCAACUUGAUCAAAGCGCGCGCAACAUGAAACGAAUGUUCUCGACCAUAAUGCCCGAAGACCGCAACGCGGAUGCUGCAUACCGAUACAUCCUUCUGCCACUCCAGUCCCAGAACACAGGGUAUGGUAUGCCAACGCAGUUGUCAGGAGAGGCAGACAAACAUAUGCUCGAAAUCUACGAUCAAAUGGUCGGUGACUGGGUGUCUACACUGCGACCCCAAAUCCCCGUCCAAAUGCGACUCACCAAAGAAAAGCUCAUCCGCAAGGUCGCAGCCGAUCUCCUUCUAUCGCGAGUCGUUCAAACUAAACCAGUGGAAUCUAUCGAAGAUCCAAUCACGACACCAAAUGAGCAAGCCGCGUCACAUCACCAAACUCUACCCUCGAGCUUCGCUCCGUCCCCGAUCCCUGCAAGCCAAUCACAGAUGACCAAUCGCACGGGGUCUGGAAGGGUCAAACCACCAUCCAAGUACUCUGCAGUCCCAGUAUUGAGUGGCCUCUCGGCAUUCACGACGUUCAAGAAGCAACGUGCGAUGCCCGGGAAUGUGUCUGAUCUUCUGUCCCACUGGUCUGUCGGGGAUGAUCCUUCCUCUUACGCCUGGGAGAAAAUUGAAGACCAGGAGACGCGCGUUAGCCAAACGCCGCGAACGCCCAAACGCAAGAAGCGCAUGAAGCCCGAACAACCCCUGCCUGCUACCCCGUUGGUUCCUAUGGUCCGCACAUGGGGUAGCCAGCCUGUGCCGCAAAUCACCGUGAACAGUAGCCAACCUGUCCCGAUGACACAGGGCGAGCGAGGGGCCUUUGGGGCCAAGAAAAAGAAAAAGAAGCGAGCGGCGGGUUUUUAA